GAAAACAGAAAGUCCUCAACUUGGAGAUAAAUCUUGGAUUUUGAUCGUUCUUGAGUGUGUUCUAUGUGAGAAUGCCCGCAACGGACUACCAAGGUUCGUCUCCGUCAUCAUUGUCCCAUUUCGGCCGUUCAUUUCUGAACAUACACCGUGAUCAUCAGGUUCACUCCAUGGAAGGUUCAAGCUUGGAGGUGGAGCUGGAAUCGUUUCAGCAACACGUGACUGACCAGUUCCUUGAGCUGUCGUCGGUUAGCCAUGAAGAAUUGGUGUCACUUUCAUGGGUUGGGAAGCUCCUUGAUUCGUUCCUGUGCUGCCAAGAGGAGUUCAGGGCCAUCCUCCACACCCACAAGGUGCUUGUUUUAAGGCCACCCUCGGAUCGCAUGGUGUCUGAGUACUUUGAGCGAAGUGUGAAGGCCUUGGAUGUUUGCAAUGCAAUCCGUGAUGGGAUUGAGCAGAUUCGCCAAUGGCAGAAGCUCUUGGAGAUUGUUCGUUGUGCAAUGGGAGGGAACCAGAGGAGCAUUGGUGAGGGCCAAUUUCGAAGAGCAAAGAAGGCUCUUAUUGAUUUGGCAAUUGGUAUGCUUGAUGAUAAGGAUUCUUCUAAUGCCUCCAUUAAUGCACAUAGGAAUAGGUCAUUUGGCCGCAACACUGGUGGUGGUAGAGACCACCAUCAUAAUAACAAUCUUCACAAUCGAUCGUUGGGGCAUUUUCGAUCCCUUUCGUGGAGUGUUUCUCGAACUUGGUCUGCUGCUAGGCAGCUCCAAGCAAUUGGGAACAAUAUGCAUCCGCCUAAGGCUAAUGAGCUUGUGGCUUCCGGAGGCCUUGCAAUGCCGGUUUUCAUCAUGAAUUCGGUGCUUUUGUUCGUCAUGUGGUGUCUUGUGGCUGCAAUUCCCUGCCAGGAUCGCGGCCUUCAAGUCCAUUUCAACAUUCCUAGGAACUUCUUGUGGGCUGCUCCAAUGCUAUCGCUCCACGACAGGAUCAUGGAGGAGUCCAAGAAGAGGGACCGGAAGAAUGCGUGUGGAUUGCUCAGGGAGAUUCAUCAGAUUGAGAAAUGUGCUAGAGUGAUGAAUGAGUUGGCUGAUUCAGUUCAGUUCCCAUUGACAGAGGAAAAGGAAGCUGAUGUUAGGCACAGAGCUCAAGAGGUUGCACAACUUUGUGAUGCUUUGAAAGAUGGGCUAGACCCUUUGGAGCGCCAAGUUAGGGAAGUGUUCCAUAGAAUUGUGAGAAGCAGAACAGAAGGGCUUGAUUCUCUUGGAAAGCAAAACCUUGCUGAUUAACCUUUUUUAUGCAUACCCUUUAGUUUCCAUUGUUGGAUUUUGCUUCUUUAGAAGCUGAGAAUGGAGAUCAGAAUUGUAAGGGGGAGGUUCUUGUAUCUAAGAACCGUGUAAAAUGUAUAGAGCUUAGAAUAUUUGAUGUGGAUCCUUUGUGAUCUAUGCUGUUUAUUGUCCUCUCCUUGGUUGUUUUUCUUUUUGUCUUGUGAUGUUGCUAUUGUAUAAUCAAUUUUCUCUGCAACUUGCUGCAUCCUCAUUGUAGCAGAUUUUGUUAAUCGAUGUGUGCUAGACACAUUUUCCUUU